AUGAAGAAGAGUCCGAGACCAGCCUGGCUCGAGAGACGCGUCGCAGUGGAGUGGGAGCAGAGCAAGCGUGGACUGAGUCCCAGAAGCAAGUCGCAGCCAGAGCAGCAGCAGAGCGACCGUGGCCAGGCUGGGAGCCGAGUUGCGGCUGGAGCGGGAGCAGAUCAAUACCAGGUGAGCCAGAGGGACGGGUCCUGGACAGAUGCCGGUAUAUGGAGGAGACUUGUUGAACGUGAUUUUUUAAAAAUUUGGUUAACAGGUGAUUGUGGAAAACCUCCGACUUUGGAAAAUGGCUUACCAGUUGAUGCUCAGACCACCCAGCCUGUGGGUACAAGACUUGCUUAUAAAUGUUUCCAAGGAUAUGUGUUUCAGGAAGGAGGUUCAAGACACAUUACCUGCAGGGAAAAUUCAACUUGGUCACCUCUACAAGCAGUUUGUGAACCAAUAAACUGUGGUAAUCCUGGAGAGAUUCUGAAUGGGUAUUAUAAUGCAUCAGAUACCACUCUUGGAAGUAGAGCUUAUUUUUAUUGUAAUAACUGGUUCAACCUUGUUGGUAGGAACUACCGGAUUUGUACAGCUAAUGGCUGGAGUGGCCAAGUUCCAACAUGUGAAAUUGUCCAGUGUCCUGAUCCUCCACAUAUUGCUAAUGGGACAGUUUCAUCAUCUGACAGUGACUCCUGGCCAUAUGGAAGUAUAGCAAGAUAUUCAUGUCUUGGGAAUUAUUCACUAAUUGGUGAAGAAACCAUCACCUGUACAGUGACUGGGCAAUGGGAUAAGGAUCCACCAAGAUGUCAAGCUCCCAGUUCAGUUCCUACUCCUACUACUCCUUCUGGUGGAUGUGAAGGACAUAUUGGUCAACAAUUUGAACUGCUCUUCAUCCUGGGGGUCUCAGCAGUAUUUCUGACCUAAUGUAGUCCUGGCUUUUUUAAAAAAAAAAGCCACUGAACUGAAGCUUUUUUUGGGCCACAGUACUAUCUUGGUGCUCAGCAUUUGUGGGGAACAGUCUCCAUUUUAACGUUUCAUUCUGAAACCAGUGAAGUAAAUAUUUAUACUGCAAAAGUCAGUUCCUGGAUGCCGAUGAGAAAAGGCCAAUGCUUGUACUUGAUGCAAGCUUGGCUUUAUAUUUUGAAUUUAACAAACUGUACUCCUUGAGUUAACUCCAAUCACAAGCGAAUGCUAACCUUGCAGGAGUGUGCAUUAAUAUCUACUAAAGUACAGCUAAUCUGAAUUAACUUAAAUGAUUUUACUUUAAAUUUCAGCCACUGAGUAUUGAUAUCUGUACAGUAUGUAAAAAUCUAAUUGAUCCAUCACUUGAGAGGGGAGACAUUCAUAGUUCUGUGAAUGUGAUGAAAGCAUUCAUAAUAUCUCACCCAUUAGACUCGUAACUGAGCACCAAAGCUGAGGCCCAAUCCACUUCCAAAAGUGUAUUGUUUUGCUUAAAUCAUUGGAAUUAAUCUGGUAUUCGCUUUAAAACAUCUUUCACUCCACUGACUCACCAGUCAUGACAAUAGUCUGACAUCUGAAAUGGAGAACAUUUUAAAGCUAACAGUUGUAAGGUGUGUUCUCCAAAGCAUGUAGACAUGGCCAACUAUUUGAAUUGCUAUUUUUGUUUGAAAUAUCUGCCUUUUUCUGAAAAAAGGCAAAAAUGAGGACCAUGCAUGUUUUACCUCCAAGAACUCGACCAAAUCUUUAUUGUGGAUCCACAUGUUCCAAGAAUGCUGCAUAAAGUAAUCUUUUGACUGUUGUGCACAUCUUCAGCUUAUUUUCACAUGUAAGAAAGAACAGACUUGUUUAGAGCACUUUUUUUGUGUGCUUUUGAACAGUCAAUUAACUCAAUUGUUUGAAAAUGUCUAAGGAGAAAAAAAGAACAAACACUGGAAACUACCAGAUUUAAUCUUUUUUUUGGAUUGCCUUGUACCAGAGUUCUAUCACUUCAAUUCAACAGAUAUUUAAUCAACACAUUCUUGUUUUGCUUCAGCAGAGAACAUGAGAUUUUCUGUGCUUAAAUAUGAACUUUGAAAAUGGAAUGUUGGAUUCAGUUCUUUGCACCAGAAUCAACCAAUAAAAGAUGCAUUAGUCAUCUUGUAUGUGAUCCUGAACCAAAUACAACAGCAAUUUGGAGACUUUCAAAUAGCCAGUACUAAACCUGAACUAGGAGAAGUGAAAUCAAGUCAAUUUUGCAAUUUGGAAUAACUUCAUUUCUCUCUUGUACUGUAACCAUUGUUAUUCUUUGUUUGGUAGGGCUUAUUUCCCUUUUUGCAGGGGUGGGGGAGGGGAAAUGGCUACUAGAAAAUUAAGAUUUAUUUUUGCACAAGUUAUUCUUUAAUUUAUUAAAUGAUUAAAAGCUAAGUGCCAAAGUAUUUUGCUUUUUCUGUGUGUCUUAUCUGACUUAGGAUUUGUGAUUCAAGAUCAAUCACCUUACAAAUCACCUAUGACUUUUUAUAUGCUCCUGAAAAUAGAUUUCAAAGAAAACAUCUUUGCAAGUCUUUUUUAACCAUUUGAAACUUGUUGUGUAAUUUGCUCUGCAUUUCCUUUUAAUUUCUUGAGCAAAAUGUAAAAGUAUUUAAGAUGGUGGAAAAAAUGUUAUUACAAAUAAUAAAACAUGAUCUAACUAC